AUGCCUGAGCGAACAGCUAUAAACGUUGUAAAGCCGCUAACUGUCGAGACAAUUGCUGAGAAGCGUGACGUCACAAAAUUUUUCUCAAAUACUUUCUGUAGUGCAUAUAUGGGAUGUUCAGUUGGACCGAACACCUUCUACUGUGUGGAAAUUAUAUUUGAAGCUGUGAACCGGAAGUUUAUAUCCGAAGGCCUUGCAUCAGAUCAAAUGCCAGAAUUUCAAGUGUUCUUUAACGAUCUUGUGUUCAAUGAUUUCAACACUCUUUUCAGCCAGUUACUCCCAGAAUUCUCCCUCCAUUUUGUUCAUUCAUCAUAUUUACAACAGUGGCUCUCUCAGGUGCCGGAAGAGUUACAGUACAAGGAAUCUCCUGCAUGGAACAAAGGGAGAAUUCAUUACACUAAUGCCCCAGGAAGAGUAGUCAGCGCUUUUGCACCUCAAUUUGCUAAAGGAAUGGGGAUGUUUUUCGAGGCUAGAGCUAAAGAGCUUGUGGAAGGGGGCAUGGUGGUGCUUAUUAUGUCAUCUAUCCCUGAUGGGAAUCCUGAUCCUGUGUUCCAACGGGCAUAA